AUGUCUGUUGUAGAAUCCUUUACCAAGUUGGGUUUUAAUGAUCCUCCUGCUGAAUCUGUUCCAGUCAAGUCACUUGUCUUUAAACCAAAGACUCCAAAGUCUGCUACACCAGUUCCAAUUGUUGUUGUAGCUCUACAAUCUACUGCCACACCAUCUCCACUUAUUGCACAAGUUACUUCUUCUAAGGAUCCAAGGUUAGCACGUGAUGAUUUAGUCAGAGACAUUUUCAAAUGUGAAUCUGCUAAGGAUUUUAACUUGGGUUACUUAUCCAACGCUACCUCUGACUUUAAAUUAUUAAUUGAUUCUCAAUUAGAAGCUGUUGAAGGUGCUACUAUCUUAAAAUUGACUGAUGACUUAUUUAUGACCAAAGAAAUUUUAUUCAAGUUCUUAUCUGAAUUUGAUGCUGUCAGGCAGUCUGUUGAUUUCACUCAAGAAGUUAAAAGUAAAGAUCAAAAGAAGGGACAACAGCCAAAGAAGCAAGACUCAUCUAGCGCCAUUUUAGAGGAUGCUAAAUUAAUUGGUAUCACUGUCGACAAAUCUAAGGAUUUCCCAGGUUGGUAUCAACAGGUCUUAACCAAGGGUGAAAUGUUAGAUUAUUAUGACGUUUCAGGUUGUUAUAUUUUAAGACCACCAUCUUAUGCCAUUUGGGAAAACAUUCAAAAAUGGUUCGAUGAGAAAAUUAAAGGUUUAGGUGUCCAAAAUGCCUAUUUCCCAAUGUUCGUUUCCUCUCGUGUUUUGGAAAGAGAAAAGGAUCACAUUGAAGGUUUUGCUCCAGAAGUCGCCUGGGUUACCAGAGCUGGUCAAUCUGAGUUGGAAGAACCAAUUGCUAUUAGACCAACUUCAGAGACUGUUAUGUAUCCAUACUAUGCUAAAUGGAUCCAAUCCUACAGAGACCUACCAUUAAAGUUAAACCAAUGGAACUCUGUCGUCAGAUGGGAGUUUAAGCAUCCACAACCAUUUUUAAGAACAAGAGAAUUUUUGUGGCAAGAAGGUCACACUGUUUUCUUAACCAAGGAAGAGGCUGAAAAGGAAGUUUUGCAGAUCUUAGACUUUUAUGCUGAUAUCUACAAAGAAUUAUUGGCUGUUCCAGUUGUUAAGGGUAGAAAGACAGAAAAGGAAAAAUUUGCUGGUGGUGACUACACAACUACUGUUGAAGGUUAUAUCCCACAAACAGGUCGUGGUAUCCAAGGUGCUACAUCUCAUCAUUUAGGACAAAAUUUCUCUAAAAUGUUUAACUUAACUGUUGAAAAUCCAAAGGGUCCAGAAUAUCCAAAAGUUUUUGCAUUCCAGAACUCCUGGGGUCUUUCUACACGUACUCUUGGUGUUAUGGUUAUGAUCCAUUCUGAUAACAAAGGUUUAGUUAUCCCACCAAGAGUUGCUCAAUUCCAAGCUGUUGUUAUUCCAGUUGGUAUCACUAAAAAUACUACCGAAGAACAGCGUCAGCAAAUCUACGAUUCUUCUAAGAGUGUCGAAUCUCGUUUGAAGCAAGCUGGUAUUAGAGCCUUUGGUGAUUAUAACGAUAAUUACACACCAGGUUGGAAAUUUUCUCAAUAUGAAUUAAAGGGUAUUCCUGUCCGUAUUGAAUUGGGUCCAAAGGAUAUUAAGGAAAACCAAGUUACUGUUGUCCGUAGAAAUGACUCUCGUAAGUACAAUGUUAAAUUAGAUGAGUUAGAAAAACGUAUCCCAGAGAUCUUAAAUGAAUUACACAACGAUUUGUAUUCUAAAGCUAAGGAACUUUACGAUUCUCAUAGAGUUCUUGUCAAUGAAUGGAAAGAGUUUGUUCCAAACUUAAACAAAAAGAAUGUUAUUAUUGCACCAUGGUGUGGUGUUACCGAAUGUGAAGAGGAUAUUAAGGACUCUUCUGCCAAGAAAGAUGACGGUGAAGAAAUCGCUGUUGAUGAAAAAGCUCCAAGUAUGGGUGCUAAAUCAUUAUGUAUUCCAUUUGAACAACCAGAAUUAAAGGAAAGUCAAAAGUGUAUUAAGUGUGAUCGUCCAGCCAUUAACUACACUAUGUUUGGUCGUUCCUACUAA